GAAGGCAAAGCGCAAAACAACUUUGAAGAAACAAACAGCAAUUCGCAGAACUCCAGCGAGCCUUACACCUGUGGAGCUUGUGGAAUCCAGUUCCAGUUUUAUAACAAUCUCCUGGAGCACAUGCAGUCCCAUGCAGCUGACAACGAGAACAAUAUUGCCUCUAGCCAGCCCAGAUCACCUCUAGCUGUUGUUGAAGAAAAGUGGAAACCGCAGCUCCAAAGAAAUAACGCCAACAAUACAUCCGCGCGCGGUUCAGUAGGGAACAGCGCGAUCCCAGAGAAGGAGCGGCAGAACAUUGCCGAGAGGCUCCUGAGGGUGAUGUGCACUGACCUUGGGGCUCUGAGCGUGGUGAGCGGGAAGGAGUUCAUCAAGCUAGCACAGACCUUGGUGGAUAGCGGAGCUCGCUAUGGUGCCUUCUCUGUCACCGAAAUCCUUGGCAAUUUCAACACGCUGGCUCUGAAGCAUUUGCCUCGGAUGUACAACCAAGUGAAGGUGAAAGUCACCUGCGCCCUGGGCAGCAACGCGUGCCUCGGCAUCGGCGUCACCUGCCACUCGCAGAGCAUCGGCGCCGACUCCUGCUACAUCCUGACGGCUUACCAGGUGGAAGGCAACCACAUCAAGAGUUACGUCCUGGGUAUUAAGGGCGUAGACAUCCGAGAUAAUGGUGACUUUAUCCACCACUGGGUACAGAACGUGCUCUCGGAGUUCGUGAUGUCAGAGAUCAGGACGGUGUACGUCACGGACUGCAAAGUCAAUUCCUCUGCGUUCUCCAAGGCAGGCAUGUGCUUGCGUUGUUCGGCCUGUGCCUUGAACUCGGUAGUGCAGAGCGUGCUCAACAAGCGAACACUACAGGCUCGCAACAUGCACGAAGUGAUCGAGCUCCUGAAUGUCUGCGAAGACCUGGCGGGAUCCACGGGCCUCUCGAAGGAGACCUUUGGCUCCCUGGAAGAGACCUCUCCCCCGCCCUGCUGGAACUCGGUCACCGACUCCCUCCUGCUCGUCCACGAGCGCUACGAGCAGAUCUGUGAGUUCUACAGCAGGGCCAAGAAGAUGAACCUCAUCCAAAACCUGAACAAGCACCUGCUCAGCAACCUGGCGGCUAUUUUGGCGCCGGUGAAGCAGGCGGUGAUUGAGUUGAGCAACGAGAGCCGGCCCACCCUGCAGCUGGUACUGCCCACCUACGUCAAACUGGAGAAACUGUUCACUUCCAAAGCUAACGACGCUGGCGUAGUCAGCAAACUCUGCCACCUCUUCUUGGAGGCGCUGAAGGAGAACUUCAAGGUUCACUCGGCCCACAAGGUAGCCAUGAUCUUGGACCCUCAGCAGAAGCUGCGACCCGUCCCGCAGUACCAGCACGAAGAGAUCAUCGGCAAGGUCUGCGAGUUGAUCAAUGAGGUGAAAGAGUCCUGGGCAGAAGAAACUGAGUUCGAACCCUCAACCAAGAAGCCUCGGGCAGCAGGGGAAGCCACAGCAGCUCAGGAAGAAGAUUGGUUCGGGAAAAAUGAAGUCUACGAUUACUUGCAAGAACCUCUCUUCCAGGCCACCCCUGACCUGUUUCAGUACUGGUCGUGUGUAACCCAAAAGAAGCAUACAAAGCUAGCCAAGCUAGCCUUUUGGCUCUUAGCAGUGCCCGCUGUUGGGGCCAGAAGCGAAUGUGUAAAUAUGUGUGAGCAGGCUCUCUUAAUCAAAAGGAGACGGCUACUCAGUCCCGAAGACAUGAACAAACUCAUGUUUUUGAAGUCCAACAUGCUUUAAGACUGUCUUUUAAUUAAAACAAAACUUUAAAACACUGUUCCAAACAAAGAAAAAGAAUUUUAAGUUCUAAACACUGUGGACCUCAUUAUGAAUGCCCCUGGAAACCAAGUGCUUUUUUAUAUAUAUAUAAAAAU